CCGGGGGGCGCCCCACGCUCGCAGGCCGGGGCCCGGGCCUCACCUUGUACACAUCCCCGUAGGUGCCGCUGCCGACCCUCUGCACCAGCUCGUAGUCGUGCUGCGGGUUCCGCCUCAGGAUGUCGGCGGCAGGCCGCAGCGGGGCCUCCAUCUUCGCAGCGCCCAGCCCGGGGCUCUGCCCGCGGCGCCCGGAUCCCGCUAACGAGGGCGCGCGGCGCUUCCCAACAUGGAGCCUCGGCGCGCCGCUGCGCCUGCACCCGCGAGAGCGAGCGAGCGCGGGGGCGUCACGGGCCGCGACCCCGGCGGCCUCCGGGCCUUUCCCGGCCCCGCCGGGCCCCGAGCCGUCCGCACGCGGAGGGGCCGCCCGUUCCCUGACGAACACCGCGCCGGAGACCCGCGUCCUCUCGAAGUCGGCCGUGCGCACAGUCGCCGCCGCCGCCGCCGCCGCACCACGUUCCCCACCCGCGGCUGCGUCACCGGGAGACACGUUCGCGGCCGGCGUGGAUCGAGCCGGCCCGCCCGAGAGCGCAGGCCGCAGGCCCAGAGUGCCGCCCUGAGGCCCGCCGAGCGCACGACACCUUCGUCGCCGUCGCGCUCCGCCUCCCAGCGGCUUGCGGGGCGCCCGGGGGCGUUCGUGCGGCUUCUGACCCGCCCAGGCCUGGCCGGGAUUCGUCCGGUUGCCAGCGGGACGAGAGGAGGAGGAGGAGGGCUUGUAUGCAGGCCUCGGGAGCGCUGCCCUCUUAGUUCUAUAACCGUCCGUCAAGACUGUUCCCCGUGGUACCAGUUCUGAGGCUGGACCGCACACCUUACCUGCACAACCUGUCUUCCACCGGGGUUUUCCGACCCAUUUCAGAAUCCCUACGAAGUUCCAUGGUGUUGCAACUAUAAUGGGACCAGGGGUUGUGGAGAUGCUAAAACCAAGCUAGGGGUCUCCGUCUGGUUCUGGCGCCAGCAACUGCCUAAGUAGGUGAUCUGAGACAGGGAAUACUUGGCAACAUCUCAGUGUCCUUAUCUGUAGUUGGAAGAGGAUGAGGUUUUUGCAUUCGACACCAGAGAAAUGUUUGUAAAGCUUUUUAUAAAGAGGAUCAUCAAAUGUAAGAGGUUUUGAAAAGCUUAACAAUCUACAGAAUGUUGAACAGGAAUCGAGAGGUGAUUUGGUUAAUGUUUCACAGUCUGUUUUACAGUUUGAGUUCCAAUCAUGUUCUGAAGGUAGAAAUUAAGAUACCAUCUUUAGGUAGACUGGUAAAGUUAUUUCUAGAGUCCUGCAGAGAUUUUCAGCAGAAAAAACAGCUAAGGACUGAAGAGAUGGCUUUAAAAACACGGCUGCUCCACAGAGAACUUGGGUUGAUUCCCAGCACCCACACAGACUCACAACUGCCUGUAACUGCAAGU